UCUGGUCGCCAGGAGCUGGAGGACACCAACAAGUGGGGGCUCAACGUGUUCAAAGUCGCCGAGUACUCGGGGAACCGCCCGCUGACCGUCAUCAUGUACAGCAUCUUCCAGGAGCGUGACCUGAUGAAGACCUUCCGCAUCCCCGUGGACACCUUCAUCACCUACAUGCUGACGCUGGAGGACCACUACCACGCUGACGUGGCCUAUCACAACAACCUCCACGCCGCCGACGUGGCUCAGUCCACACACGUCCUUCUCUCCACGCCCGCGCUGGAGGCUGUCUUCACUGACUUGGAGAUCAUGGCUGCUAUUUUUGCCAGUGCCAUCCACGAUGUUGACCACCCCGGUGUCUCCAACCAGUUCCUCAUCAACACCAACUCAGAGCUGGCGCUGAUGUACAACGAUGCCUCGGUGCUGGAGAACCACCACCUGGCCGUGGGCUUCAAGCUUCUCCAGGAGGAGAACUGCGACAUCUUCCAGAACCUGAGCAAGAAGCAGAGGCAGUCACUCCGCAAGAUGGCCAUUGACAUGGUUCUGGCCACCGACAUGUCCAAGCACAUGAACCUGCUGGCGGAUUUGAAAACCAUGGUGGAGACCAAGAAGGUCACCAGCCUGGGGGUGCUGCUGCUGGACAACUAUUCUGAUCGGAUCCAGGUCCUGCAGAACAUGGUGCACUGUGCUGACCUCAGCAACCCCACGAAGCCCCUGGAGCUCUACAGGCAAUGGACCGACCGCAUCAUGGUGGAGUUCUUCCGCCAAGGAGACCGGGAGCGGGAGAAGGGGAUGGAGAUCAGCCCCAUGUGUGACAAGCACACGGCCUCCGUGGAGAAGUCCCAGGUGGGCUUCAUCGACUUCAUCGCCCACCCGCUGUGGGAGACCUGGGCUGACUUGGUGCACCCCGAUGCCCAAGAGAUCUUGGACACCCUGGAGGACAACCGGGAAUGGUACCAGAGCAUGAUCCCACGCAGCCCAUCCCCACUGCCCGAGGGACCCAGGGCCUCCCCUGCCACCACCGACAAGUUCCAGUUUGAGCUGACGCUGGAGGAGGAGGAGGAGGGUGAGUCGGACACGGAGCUGGAGGGAACCCUGAUGAAGACCUUCCGCAUCCCCGUGGACACCUUCAUCACCUACAUGCUGACGCUGGAGGACCACUACCACGCUGACGUGGCCUAUCACAACAACCUCCACGCCGCCGACGUGGCUCAGUCCACCCACGUCCUUCUCUCCACGCCCGCGCUGGAGGCUGUCUUCACUGACUUGGAGAUCAUGGCUGCUAUUUUUGCCAGUGCCAUCCACGAUGUUGACCACCCCGGUGUCUCCAACCAGUUCCUCAUCAACACCAACUCAGAGCUGGCGCUGAUGUACAACGAUGCCUCGGUGCUGGAGAACCACCACCUGGCCGUGGGCUUCAAGCUUCUCCAGGAGGAGAACUGCGACAUCUUCCAGAACCUGAGCAAGAAGCAGAGGCAGUCACUCCGCAAGAUGGCCAUUGACAUGGUUCUGGCCACCGACAUGUCCAAGCACAUGAACCUGCUGGCGGAUUUGAAAACCAUGGUGGAGACCAAGAAGGUGACCAGCCUGGGGGUGCUGCUGCUGGACAACUAUUCUGAUCGGAUCCAGGUCCUGCAGAACAUGGUGCACUGUGCUGACCUCAGCAACCCCACGAAGCCCCUGGAGCUCUACAGGCAAUGGACCGACCGCAUCAUGGUGGAGUUCUUCCGCCAAGGAGACCGGGAGCGGGAGAAGGGGAUGGAGAUCAGCCCCAUGUGUGACAAGCACACGGCCUCCGUGGAGAAGUCCCAGGUGGGCUUCAUCGACUUCAUCGCCCACCCGCUGUGGGAGACCUGGGCUGACUUGGUGCACCCCGAUGCCCAAGAGAUCUUGGACACCCUGGAGGACAACCGGGAAUGGUACCAGAGCAUGAUCCCACGCAGCCCAUCCCCACUGCCCGAGGGACCCAGGGCCUCCCCUGCCACCACCGACAAGUUCCAGUUUGAGCUGACGCUGGAGGAGGAGGAGGAGGGUGAGUCGGACACGGAGCUGGAGGGAACCGAGAGCCCCUUGGAUGAGGACAACAGUGGCUCCAAGACACCCGCCACAGACGACUCGGAG